AGGGCCGCUCUGGGCCGCGGCGGCCGCUCGACUGCUCCGAGGCGCGGUCCCGACGCGCCCCGCCCCCGCCCGCGUUCCCCGGGCAACCCGCGGCCGCCGCCAUGGACGCGCUGUCGGGCGCCGGGCCGCGGCGGGCUCGCGGCCUGGGCGCCGCCGGGCCUGGGUCUUCGUGCCGCGCGGCGCGGCCCCCGGCGCCCUGGGCGCGCUUCUCCGCCUGGCUGGAGUGCGUGUGCGUGGUCACCUUCGACCUGGAGCUGGGCCAGGCGCUGGAGCUGGUGUACCCAAACGACUUCCGGCUCACAGACAAGGAGAAAAGCAGCAUCUGCUACCUGUCCUUUCCCGACUCACACUCAGGCUGCCUUGGAGACACUCAGUUCAGCUUCCGCAUGCGCCAGUGUGGAGGGCAGAGGAGCCCCUGGCAUGCCAACGACAGGCACUACCACAGCAGGGCCCCCGUGGCGCUGCAGAGGGAGCCAGCACACUACUUUGGCUAUGUGUACUUCAGACAGGUGAAGGACAGCUCUGUGAAGAGGGGCUACUUCCAGAAGUCUUUGGUGCUGGUGUCCCGCCUACCCUUUGUCCAGCUGUUCCAGGCGCUGCUGAGCCUGAUUGCCCCCGAGUACUUUGACAAGCUGGCACCCUGCCUGGAAGCAGUGUGCAGUGAGAUCGACCAGUGGCCGGUGCCCAUGCCGGGGCAGACCCUGAACCUACCUGUCAUGGGUGUUGUCGUCCAGGUGCACAUCCCAUCCAGGGUGGAUAAGUCCGAGUCCAGUCCUCCGAAGCAGCGUGACCAAGAGAACCUGCUGCCAGCCCCAAUGGUUCUUGCUAGCGUCCACGAGCUGGACCUGUUCAGGUGCUUCCGGCCUGUGCUGACUCACGUGCAGACCCUGUGGGAGCUCAUGCUCCUUGGGGAGCCCCUGCUAGUCCUGGCACCCUCGCCCGACGUGUCCUCGGAGAUGGUGCUGGCCCUGACCAGCUGCCUGCAGCCCCUGAGGUUCUGCUGCGACUUCCGCCCUUACUUCACCAUCCAUGACAGUGAGUUCAAGGAGUUUACCACACGCACACAGGCCCCACCGAACGUGGUCCUGGGAGUUACAAACCCUUUCUUUAUCAAAACACUCCAGCACUGGCCCCACAUCCUCCGAGUCGGGGAGCCCAAGAUGUCAGGAGACCUGCCUAAGCAAGUCAAGCUGAAAAAGCCUUCAAGGUUGAAGACCCUGGACACCAAGCCAGGCCUCUACACCGCUUACACAGCCUACCUCCACCGCGACAAGGCGCUGCUCAAACGGCUGCUCAAGGGCGUGCAGAAGAAGCGGCCCUCAGAUGUGCAGAGCGCCCUGCUGCGGCGGCACCUCCUGGAGCUCACACAGAGCUUCAUCAUCCCCUUGGAGCACUACAUGGCCAGCCUCAUGCCCCUGCAGAAGAGCAUCACGCCCUGGAAGACUCCCCCCCAGAUCCGCCCCUUCAGCCAGGAUGACUUCCUGCGGAGCCUGGAGCAUGCCGGGCCCCAGCUCACCUGCAUCCUCAAGGGCGACUGGCUGGGUCUCUACAGGCGGUUUUUCAAGUCCCCCCAUUUCGAUGGCUGGUACCGGCAGCGGCACAAGGAGAUGGCCCUGAAGCUGGAGGCCCUGCACCUUGAGGCUAUUUGUGAGGCGAACAUUGAGACCUGGAUGAAAGACAAGUCUGAGGUGGAGGUCGUGGACCUGGUCCUGAAACUUCGAGAGAAGCUGGUGCGGGCUCAGGGCCACCAGCUCCCUGUGAAGGAGGCAACGCUGCAGCGGGCCCAGCUGUACAUCGAGACGGUCAUCGGCUCCCUGCCCAAGGACCUGCAGGCCGUCCUGUGCCCUCCCUAGGACAGAGCCACGGGCCGUGGUCCCAGGAGCCUAGGUCUGCCUGAGCCUCCCUCUCCCCAGUGGCCACGGCACUGGGCCAAGCACGCGCUCCCCUUCCUUGGCCCCCCGCCCAGACUGCAGGCUCCCCUUCCUGCACCACCAUUGUCUCAGUAGUAAAGGCGACAUUUGGAACCACAGCAUGGCCCUGACCAUAGGGAUUAUAUGCAGGCUGAGCCUUGCCUCCUCCUGGGCCCCACCUGGCCUCCGCAGACCGCAGGCUGGGCCGGGGCGGGGACAGGCUGGGAGCCCUCACUGGUGUGGGUGUGUCCACCGUCUGCCCCUCCGGUGCCCAUCUGUUGGCCCCCAAACCCCCUGUGCUGUGUGUGGUGCUUCCUUCAGCCCGGCAGGCUGCCCAGGGCAGGAGGGACCCUCUCCCAACACAGCUGCCCACCCUGUCUUGUCGGGAUGGGAGGGUACUUUGUACACAGUCAUCAACUCAAGAAGGGGAGAGAUGGCUUUGCAGUGUGAAGAGUUCUGCCCAGCACCCCAGUGCCCCUCUGGGCCCCUGCCUGCCUGGGGCUGUGGUUUGUUUGGACGUAGGGGGUGGGCAGGGGGCCAUGUGGGGCCCAGUGCCUCUGCUAGGAGAGCUGGCUCAGCCUAGCACUCAGAGGGUCCACAGCACCUUCCUGGCUCCCAGUCCUGGAGUCCCCACCAGGUGCCAGCUCCGUGCUCCCGCCUGAGAGGUGGACAGGGCCCCUGUUGUCUGUGUGUGUCCGUCCAUCCCUACAUGCAGCCGAGGGGCGCUGGGCUCUGGCCUGACCCUGCCUCUGGCUGGAGCUGCAUGUCUCCCUUUCCUUGGUAAGAGCCACCUCUGGGUCAUGUGCACCCCAAUGUGACACCUGCAGGCACUGAGCCCUGUGAUGUACAGUGCUGACAGCACUGUCAGGGCUCCGGACCGCCAAGCCCCCGUUCAGCAUCAUACACUGUGUGCCUGGGGAUAGGUCCCCUGACCAGUCAGACCCUCGCUUCUCAUCUGAGAGAUCCAGAGAUCCACGCAGAUGCCUGACGGUGCUGCGAGGGCCCACCCAUGGAGACUGGGCCUGGUGCCCUGCAAGGCCAGGCAGGUGCUGGCCGGGGGGGCAGGGCUGGAGCAGGGGCUUUUCGUUGUCUUCUGAGGCCCCCACUCGGUGCGAUAUACUGUGUGCGUUCUCAUUGGUGCACUCAGACCACAGCUUCCAGCGAGGCUGGACACCCGUGCACUUGUUGGCCACUUCAGUGCAGGGUGUGACCGAGCCACGAGGGCUCCGGGGUCAGGUGUCAGGUCAUUCUCAGAACUUGGUCCAUGUCGACUUGUCCAGCCUGACUACAGCCCAGGACAGCCUGCCCUGUCCCCAUUCUACAGACAAGGAUACAGGCAGCGGGGAGGGUGACGAGGAGACUGUUCAGCCCAGAUGUCUGGUGCAGGGUCCCGGGACGUGGCCACGUUAAACAGAGCACAUAGCAGCUGAGGCAGCAAAUCGGUUGUGUGGCACUGGCAAGCCGGGGCCUGAGGGUGAGAAAGGUCCUCGUGCCAGACGUAGCUUGGUGUGCCCCGACUGUGGCAUGGGGCGGCCUCCCUGCUGAAGGCUUGGUCUCUAGCAGGUCUGCAGAGAUGCUGGCACUUCCUGUGUGGCCAGCUGGAAUGUGACCUUCGUAAGAUGGGACCUGGGGGACAGUGCAGGCCCUCCAUCAGGGCCCUCUGCAGAAGCCCCAUGCUCAUCCUGGCCCACUGAGGACCAUCACAUCAAGGUGUCAGGGCAGCUUGGGAAGAGGACCCACCCUUCUCAACUGUGACCCGAUUUGGGGAGUACACCCCAUGUACCAGGCAGCCUGUGCUUCCCCAUACCACAGUCUGGUCUCCCUUGGCUUUCUGAGGGCUAUAGGGGAGGGGCUUCAGGCUGGUCUCUGAGAAGCCCCCAGGGACCCUGGCCACUGUCUGUCCAGAAAUGUACAACCGGAUUUCCCUGGAGGGCUCUGGUGAGGUCACAUAGCAGGGAGGAAGGCUUGGUGGGCACUGGGCCAGGUGGGCAGCAUUGCACUGGGCAGAAGCCAAGGCUGAGGUAGAGGGUACUGUCCCAGUCCCUCUUCCUGUCCCUGCCUGUGCAGAAGAGCCUCAGGGUGGAAUGUGGCCUGAAGUACGCGGUGAAGAGGCAGGAAGGUCCAGACUGCUCUACCCCUGGCCAGAGUGCCAGCCCCCGCAGGCAAGAGGGGCUGUGCUGGGCAGAACUUAGCUGGCAAGGAUGAGGACUGCUGUGGUCACUGAGGCCUCCCGAAGGAUGGGGACCACAGGGUUUAGAGGAUGGAGAGGGCUGGGAGCAGGCUGGAGUGGGCCUGGGGGCUGAGGGUGCACACAGGGCCUGCUCAGGGACAGGAAGGACAGCUGCUCACCCUAAGCUUCCUGUCAGCUAUUUAAAGACUCCCUUUUAGUCUAGAAUAGUGGCCUUCCCACGGUUUUGCUAUUAAAACGUCCUUUUGUGACACA